CAGCUGCCACACGGUCCGGGGAACUCGGUCGCGCGAUUGUCCAAAGCUUGCAGGGUUUUAAGAUGGAACCCGCCCCUGGCUCGCUCUCGCCGAGAAAUUUGGAGAGGCGGAGAGUAAGGGCUCUGUCUCCCACGCUCGGGAAUCCGCUUGGGGGACUUCGAGAAAUGUGAGCAAAAAGGGGGGCAGAAAAAGGGAGUAAGUUUUCGCCCGCGAGAGAUAAAAAUGGAGGGCGGGCGGACACCCUCCCUGGAAAAAGAGCAUCCGCAAAGCACUCCAGAGCGUCUUCGGAGAAAUCCAACGAUCGAUCCCUCCACGGCAUUCUCGCUCUCUCUUUCUCUCAGCCAUGCGUGUACAGACUCGUCACUUUGCUAAGACUACCCGUCGGGGUUCCGACUCCUCAUCCUCAUCGCAGGAUAUGGCCUCGAUCCCCGUGCCUUCCAAGUCAAGGGCCGCUGGUGGGCGGCGACAAAGCGUUCCUGCCGUUCGUCCUCAUCUCCGCCACUUCAUCGCCAACCAACCUACUCACACCCGCACACAAUCCUCCACCACCAUCGCCAGCACCCUCAGCAUUUCUUCCAGUGGUAGCGACAGUAGCGUCAAGAGCAUCGACAGCAAAACUAGCCGCAACAGCAAGUCCUCCCGCAACCCCCUCACCGCACAACACCUCCGCACGAAGCGCCAAAUGCGCUCCCGCACAAUGAACAACAAACCCUCCCGCAUCUGCACCGAGGAGCUCCUCCGCAAACACAUCGCAGCAUCCACCUCUUUCGGCCGCCAGCUCGAGCAGUACGUCGCCCAGAACCUCCCCGUCCCCGAUGACCUCGUCGUCGCCGUCCUGCAAAGCGCCGUCCGCAAGCUCGUCAUCACCGGCGAGGCCACCCGCUCCGGCGGCGGCAUCGUCCUCGAAGGGUUCCCCAGGACCCCGCGGCAGGCGAAGCUGUUUGAGCAGUACGUCGGCGAGACGAUGACGGAUAAAAAGGGCCUUGCGAUCUACUUCGAUGUCCAUCUUGAGGACUUGGCCGUCGGCGCUGACCCCGUCGACAGUCUCGUCGGCGGGCUUCUGAGGAGUUGUCCGGUCAGCGAGAUCGAUUUCACCUCUUCGCUGGCCGCGCUGGACGACGACCAUGCGUUCGGCACGACCCUCCUUACUCAGGAAAUGGAAGACGCCCGCCCCACCGUCGUCGCAGAUGGUACCAAGCCCAUCAAACCAAAAUCGAGCGCAAAAGCCCAACUACGCCGACUCUUUGCGCUGGCGCUAGAGAAAGCGCAACUCAAGUCCGCGCAAGCCGACCGAGAUCGCACCCCCAUUCGUCGCCGCUCGAUGCAACAUGAUAAGUUGAAAGUAUAAUAGUACCCCCGCGAAAUAUUUCCUCCCCCGUAGAUAACCCCUAAUAGAAUAGAACACCCCCUAAUGUAAUGCUGCGGGCUGGACCUCUCUUUUGUGUUGUUGGGCUUGGUUACUGUGAAUACAUAUCAGGCGCUCAUACAGACAUUCUUUCUUCCUGCUUUGGCUGAUGUACGUUGCGACUUGGUCAACCUGAUACACACGCUCAGUUCGACAUACC